GAGUAUUACAAGUAGCUAAGGGAAUAACGUAUUUAGCAGGGCAAGAUGUCCUUGUAUGGCGGGCGCGAAACGGCCGACGGGGCCUUCGGAAGUGAUAUCUCCGGGUUGAGUGCGAACUACAUGAAUGAAAACAACUGUCAACGGUUCUGGCAGCGGCUCAUGACCUGCGUCCGGGAGAGCCAGGAGCUCGACGUCCUCUACGACUGCCGCAGCCGCCUGUUGGAUAUGCGGGAGUGCGUUGUGCGGCAUAAGCAAUCCACCUGGGUGCUCCGUGAGACCAUGGCCACCAUCAAGCACGAGAAGGAGCUCCGAAAGUGGAUUCGUGAGUAUGAUGAAAAGAUGGGGCACCCGCCGCUGCUCGAGGCCGUAUCGACGGUGCGGAAAAAGCUGGAGGCGGAAGGUGGUGUGGAUGUUCUAAAUCCCACCGUGUUUAAGGAUCCUGAUCUGUUCAUUCCUAAGAAGGUACUGUCUCCCGCGAACGAAUAACGAGGGCGCUGACUGAGUCGCGACGGCGCGGGAUAUCCCAAUCUAAGAUGCAAUAGAUAACAUGGAUAGAUACUAACGGAAAAUCUUAUGUAUAAGAUUUGCACACAUGGUUUGUGUAGCAAUAGCAGAAAUGGUAGAAAGGGAUAGGCCGCUGUAUUAUAUAUAUGAGGAUACUUUUGGAUAAGGAAGUAGGCAAAGGGAUGUGCGUAUGUCAAAGUAGGAAUUCACUGGUUGUUUAGGAAAUCAUUUUAGAGUAUAUGCUCUGCUUCACUCUUUAUUUGCUGUCGUUUUGCGAUGAUUUGAUUCUACGAUAUCAUUUUAAGACUUCUUGUCGAUUGAACUCACACACAGAGUACUAUUGGAGGACCUCUCUGAAUAUGCCCGACAUGAAAUUACAAUCAUCUUUACACGUGUAUUUGCUCAAUAAAUAAACUGUUGACGAUUCAUAUAUAUUCUUAUCAAUGAUCAUGGAAAAAGACUAUAGGGGAUGCGGUGGGCGUGUUUAUACAUCGUUUCAGCAUA